UAUUACACAUAUACACUAUAAAAAUAGAAUUAUAAAGAUAUUUUGAACUAUUUCAUUACAAUAUAUAAUGUUCUUAAGAAAUAUGUUUUACUUUUUCACAGAUACUUUUUUUUAUAUCAUUUUUUUUUUAUACUAUCUUUUAGACACAACAAAAAUGAACACUUCCAUGUAAAUGAUUUAAUAUUGCAAUAAAUGUAACGACAUUUUUAGACUAAUAAUUUAUUAAUAUUUAAUUUCAAUAAAGGUGGAAGAAAGCAGUUGUUCAUUUAAAAAUUUAUAUUUAAGAAUAUAAUGCAUGGCGUAUAAUAUUCUCAAGCACAUUACUUUUAAAAUGCACUUAGAGCGAUUGCGCGCGCAAUUUAUAGAAAAGAUUCUAGAAUUCGACUUUUUGAUAUAUAGUACAGGGUUAUUCGUUUAACUCGGAACCCGCGCUCGUAAGAACAUAUGAUAGUGGCCAAUUUCUAGAAAAUAAUCGUUAACAAAUUUUGAAAUAUGACAUAGAAGAAUGUUUAAUACGUUAAAAAUGAAAAUUACCUAAUUACGAAGACCUCGAUGUUUAUAUGAAUGUGAAAAUUUUCAUUGUAAUUCGCUAAUAAUUUUGGCGCUUGAACACAAUUUUAAGUAAAAAAAAAUUGCGUUCUAAUUACAUUUCAGGUAAGCAUAAUUCAAGGUAUCAGUUAUUAAAAGAAAACAAUCGAAUUACGUGUGGGAAAGAACCGGGUGCGCUUGCUUGCUUGGAAGCUUCGGGAGCGCGCAGAAACAUAAAAUCGUCGAGCGAAAACGCAAGGCUCGCUUUCUCAGCGAUCGUCUUCUCCUUAUUGUGACGUCAAAUUUAAAGUCCUUCGUCGGCGACCAAACCGCUAUAUGUUCUAGAUGCUUCUAGUAACAGCUCAUAGAUGGCGAGCGACAUUUGAUUAUAGUAGUAAACGUACAUGUUACACUAUUGUUACUCAUAUGUUCUCACGAGCGCCGGUUUCGAGAUAAGUGAAUAACCACGUACAUACUAAGGAUAUUAAGGACACGAGAUCCUGCGAUGCUACGUGAAACGACUUCAUUGCGACCAUAUUAGUUUUAGCACUCGCAACACUCAACACUUUGCACUAGUGGACACAAUGACAAAACGUGCGAGAGUAAAAGGGAGUACGGGAGGGUGAAGUAGACCAGUCGAACGAUAGUGGCGCUACAUAUUGAAGAUACAAUAAGGCUACGAUCAUAUCCAUUGUCAGUUUCACAAAUCAUUUUACAUUAGAUGUAUGUAGAUAGAAGCUUUUAACAUUAUAACUUUUAAAAAUUUUAAUACUUUCUGUAUCAUAAUCAACUGGUACGAUGUGGAAAUUAGUAGCUCGUGGUAUUCGUGAAACUCUGGAACGACGUGCAUGUCGUACAAACGUUUAUUGUCAAACGCCUCAAGAAUCGAAUACAAAAAAUGAGGCUAAAGCCAAUUUGACGUGUAAUCAUAAAUUGUUACUACCAUCUUUUCCUGUUUUUAAUAAAGAAUUUUGUGCAUCAACGAAAGCUAGUGGUACAAAAGACAAGGAUCAUGAUUCCAAAUGGAAUACAAAAUACACUUGGUCAGAAGCUAUAGGAUGGACAAGUGUAUUAGCUGUUGGAUGGGUGGUAUGCCAAACAUUAUGUCUUCGCAGAAGGCUCUUUGAAAAAGAAAAAGUUGAUUCCUUAAAAAACAAACUAUUACAAGCUCCAGAAGUACAUACUUCUUAUUUAGUUGAUCAAGUAUUAAAUUUAAAACCAAAACACAUUUUACCUAUUAUUAAUUGUAUCGCCAAUAAUAAAAUAGAUGCUCAAGAAAACAAUGAAGCAGAAUGGAAAUCAGAAAAGCCAUUUGGACCUAUCACCAUUGAAGAGGCUUUAAAAGAAGCUACCAAAGAAUUUGCUAAUACUCAUAAAUUAACUGUGGCUGAAUUCGAACUUCAAUACGGCUUGAAAGCUUUAGAAGAGAGACGUUAUAAAGAUGCUAUAAAACAUUUUACUGCUGGUGCAAGUUUAUCAUCUGCUGCUAGUAUGUUCAAUUUAGGACUGUGUCAUGAAUUAGGACUUGGAACAUUGGUUGAUCACACCCAGGCUGCCAAACAUUAUAACGAUGCAGCAGAACAAGGUCAUGCAGAUGCUAUAUAUAAUUUAGGAGUUUUUUAUGCUCAAGGCAGAGGUGAUUUUACAGUAGAUAUUGAUAGAGCUCGAAGUUAUUUUAUUAAAGCAGCAAAGUUAGGACAAAGACAAGCGCAACAUGCGCUAGAUUUAGAGAAACAUUAUUACCAAGUUAAACGAAAAGAAAUUAAUACAAUUCUUUCGAAUGAGCGUACAAAUAUCUUACAGCAUAUGCAAAAUAAUGAGGAUAUGAAUCAUAUUCUUAGAAAGCUAAUUAAUUAUAAUAAUGUAUUAUAUACACAGUCAGAAGCAGAAUUUUUAGAAGAUUCUGAUCAUAAGCAAACCAUGGUAAAAUGUAUGAAUUGUAUAGAAUUAGUUUUCAAUAUUUUUAGGUUAAGUAAACGAAAUAUAAUACCUGUCUCUGUGGAGUCAAAUAAUUGUAAUGUGACAUGUUAGAAAUUUGUAGCAAAAUUAUUAAAAGUAAAACUGAAAUGUAAUGUUUCGUAUAUUUGA